ACAGAUUCCACACAUAGCGAGAGUAGAGAGAGAGAGAGGGAGAGGGUUUUCGUCUGCUCGCGCUUUUUGGGUGCGAUUCUCUCUCUCCUCUCUCUGUGUCACCGAGUUGUUCACUCUCAUCUCUGCAACGGAAUCUCUGUCUCUAUAUCUAUGUAAUCGAAUUACAUUAUCGAUAUAAUCGAAGAUGCUUUGAAGGUCGAAUCGAGUUUGAGUCUUUGCACGCGAGGUACUUAAUUCUUUUCAUCUAUCUUGUACAGCUUGGUAACCUUUUUGGGGCCAAACUACUGGUUUGUGCAACAUGGUGGAUGGGAAUGCCUCUGGAGAAGCGAGUGACAACAUUGACUGGGAUACGGACGAUGAACUUGAAAUUCAGAAUUUUCCCUUACCUUCCAGUUCAAGUUUGACGAAUCCUGGUGGGGAAGCUAUUGUAGGUGCUGGAGAGGCAAGCUCAUCAACAGGUUGUUCCAACUCCAAGUUGAUUCAACAUUUUGUAGGAAUGGGGUUUCCUGAGAAAAUGGUUGCAAAAGCUAUUGAGGAGAAUGAUGAAGGAAAUACGGAAUCAAUCCUUGAAACUUUGCUUACAUACUCAGCUCUUGAAGACACUCCCCAACAGCAACCACCUGUCAGUUCUGAUCACUGCUCUUCGGAAUAUGAUGAGAACAUUCUGGAUGAUCUCUCUGAUUUAGAUAGUUGGUCUAAAGAUGAGGAAAAUACAGAUUCUUUGUCCAGUAAGGAGAAGACAUUAUUGUCCUUAGCAAAUAUGGGGUACACAGUGGAAGAGGCUUCAAUGGCUAUGAAUAGAUGUGGUCCAGAUGCCUCAAUUGCUGAACUAACGGAUUCUAUAUGCGCUGCUCAGAUGGCAAACACAACAAAUGUCCGCCCACAGGAGCUACCUGAUGAGCACGAGCCAAAGCCAAAGCCAAGGCCAAAUCAUAUAUAUAAUGGCAACGGUACCGACAGCAAUGGUACCCACAAGAGGAAAUUUUUUGAGAGUGAAUUGUUGAAUAGUAAAAAACAAAUGGAGUACGAGUCAAUGAUAAUGAAUGGAGAUGAUGAGACAAUUCGUCUUCCAAUACCAAUGAUUGGCUAUGGAGUCCCUACAGAUCCGUGUCUAACAUUACAUAGAAGCCUACCAGAGACAGCCAUUGGGCCUCCCUACUUCUAUUAUGAGAAUGUGGCCCUCACUCCAAAAGGAGUUUGGGACACUAUUAAACGAUUCCUAUAUGAUGUGGAACCGGAGUUUGUUGAUUCAAAAUAUUUCUGUGCAGCUGCAAGGAAAAGAGGAUAUGUUCACAAUCUUCCUAUCCGUAAUAGAUUUCCUCUUCUUCCUUUCCCCCCGCGUACCAUACAUGAAGCACUGCCAUUAACAAAGAAAUGGUGGCCCUCUUGGGAUUCAAGAACAAAAUUGAAUUGCUUACAGACUUGCAUUGGAAGUGCAAAACUGACAGAGAGGAUCCGUAAGUCUCUUGAAGACUGGGAUGGUGCGCCACCUUCACAUGUGCAAAAAUAUGUUCUUGAUGAAUGUCGCAAGUGGAAUCUAGUUUGGGUAGGAAGGAACAAGGUCGCACCCCUUGAACCCGAUGAAGUGGAAAUGCUAUUGGGGUUCCCCAAGAAUCACACAAGAGGUGGUGGCAUAAGUAGGACUGACAGAUACAAAUCACUCGGCAAUUCAUUCCAGGUUGACACAGUGGCCUAUCACCUCUCUACCUUAAAGGACAUAUUCCCUGGAGGCAUCAACCUUUUAUCUCUAUUCUCCGGGAUUGGUGGUGCAGAAGUUGCCCUUCAUCGGCUUGGUAUCCCCUUGAAGAAUGUCGUAUCAGUUGAGAAAUCUGAAGUUAACAGAAACAUUGUCAGGAGUUGGUGGGAGCAAACCAACCAGCAAGGAAACCUUAUCGACUUUGAUGAUGUGCAACAGCUAAAUGGCGAUCGCUUGGAGCACCUCAUAAAUUCACUUGGUGGCUUUGAUCUUGUUGUUGGUGGAAGCCCGUGUAAUAACCUUGCAGGCAGCAACCGGCACAGUAGGGACGGGCUAGAUGGUAAAGAAUCAGCACUUUUCUAUGAUUAUUUUCGUAUUCUAGACUUGGUCAAGUGCAUAAUGGAGAAACAACAUUAAAAUUCAUUUGGAAGGGCCACUUUUCCAGAAUACUUGUAUCUAAUUUAAAUCCCCUAGGCCUCCUUUCCCUAGUCAGAUUAUGUGACAAUGACUUUGUAGCUCAUCCUAGUUCUUUUUUCUUUUUAUUUUCUUUUUUUUUUUUUUUUUUUUUUUUUUUUUUUUCUGGUAAGUAAAUGUUUUCAUUGAAAGACAAAUCAAUUGUUUGCAGAGCUAAGAAGGAGUCAAAUUAUCUUUCUUUUAGUCCACGAGGAUUUUCCAGUUAUGAGGAUAGCUAUGGACUCAUUUAACCCCAUAGAUAAUCAGAUUUAUUGUUAAGAUCCCA